AAAGAAAAGGAAGAGGAGAAUAUAAGAAGAGAGAGAGAGAGAGAGAGAGAGAGAGAGAGAGAGUGUUACCUCUUCCAAAACUCACAUAACAUUGCUUACACGAAUGUCUUAACCAACAAACAAACACACGCGUAACCUUGACUCUUGAUUCUUCCUCAGGUCACCAGUCAGGUCACCAACAAGAACUGUACCGUCAAAAUAGGUCACCCGUCAGUCAAGAUCAUCAGUCCGUCAAAUCACCAAGAAAUCGCCAGUCAGUCAAGGCACCAGUCAGUCAGGCUACCAGUCAAUCAAGUCGCCAGCCAGUCAAGUCACCAGCCAGUCAAGCCACCAGUCAGUCAAGUCACCUGCCAGUCAAGGCACCAUUCAGUCAAGCCACUAGUCACUCAAACCACUAGUCAGUCAAGUCAUCAGGAACAGUAAAAUCAGUCACCUACAAGUCAGCUUUCACCACUCAGCAAGUCGGCAAGUCAGCAUAACCACACUACCGUCAGCCAAUCCCGACUCAGCACUCAGCAGGGGGUCAGCAAAGCAGCCGAGGCCAGACCACCGUCACCACUCGAGUCAGCACCAAACAGCAGAUCACCAAAAUCGAGUCAGCAGAAGUCAGUAAGAAACCAAAAUCGAGUCAGCAAACGUCAGCAAGUAACCAGAAUCACUGCACGACUCAGCAUCAGCCCUUGGCAAGUCAGCAAAGCAUCAUGGGGUUCGUCAGCAGCCCCGCGCCUUCCCUGCUGACCAACCUGACCCCUGUUGACCUCUACGACCUUGAGGCGGCGGCGGCGGAGGGAGCGACGGGGUCAGGAGUCAACGGGUCUGAUCUCCUUGACUGUGACCACUUUGCUGAUCCUCCGACCAGUCCUCAAGUGUACCAGGUGAAGUUCGUGGCGUACGGCGUGGUGCUGCCGCUGUUGGUGUGCGUGGGCGUGUUGGGAGACAUCCUCAACCUCGUGGUACUGACCAGACCAAACAUGACCGGCGUCGCUUAUGUCUACAUGCGGGGGUACGCCGCGGCCUCGCUCUUCGCUCUGCUCUGCGCUAUCCCGUUCACCCACCGCGUCCUAGCCCACGAGCAAGGCCGAUGGGCGUCCUACUUGGUGGCGGCCUUCCACGCCCAUGUUGUCCUAUACUUUGGCAACUCUUGUAUAGGCAUCGGCGUGGUAAUGCUGCUGGCCCUGACGGUGGAGCGGUUCAUCUCGGUGUGUUACCCGGCUAAGGCGAGGAACUUGUGCGGCGGCAGACGAGCCUACGUCACCGUGUGUGUCAUUCCCGUGGCCACCUUCGUCCUCAACAGCCCCUACCUCUUCCUGGCCCGCGUGGUGGCGUGCAGGACCGAGACAGGCACGGUUCUCCACUUGAAGCAGCAGAACACGUGGCUGGUGGAGGCUGGCUGGUUCAGGGCAUACAAGUGGCUGCUGGAGGUGCUGUUCAAGCUUCUCCCGGCGCUGGUUCUUGUCUUCCUCAACAUCUGCAUCAUUCGCACCUACAAGGCCGUGUGUGAGAAGAGGCGCAAGAUGACCAACAAGGUGAGCGGCGAGCAGCGUCGGCAGUACGCGGAGGAGAGUCGCCUCAUGUUCCUGCUGGGUGGCACUUCAACAUUGUUCUUUGUGUGCAUGACUCCCAUGAUCCUGCUGUCUGUCACCAUCCACCACGCUUGGCACUCAUCACUGGCCUUUGAGAUCUUUCGGGCCACAGCUAACGUCCUGGAGGUCACCAACUUUGCCGUCACAUUCUACAUCUACUGCGUCUUCUCCAAGGACUUCCGGGAGACCUUCCUCCGCACGCUGCGCUCGGCCAAGGAGAACUCCAUGGGCGCCUCCUUCUUUGGCUCCGUGUCGGGUCUGAAGGAAACCAUCCGGCCUCCCUAGGGACACGCCCCCCACCCCAGCCCCAGCAGCCUCCACCCACCACUCCCCCUCCAGCUGGGGUGCCGCGCAGCCUCCCCAAACACCACCUCCACCAUCACUGCCACCACUGCCAUGGCUGACCCUGCCCCUGUGGCUGUAUGACCACCCUAGUGUGUGGCUGUGGGUAGGGGUGUGUUAGUGUGUUAGUGUGUUAGUGUGUGUGUGUGUGUGUGUGUGUGUGUGUUUACCUAGUUGUGAAAUACAGGAAAAGAGCUACACUAGGCUCGUGCUGUCCCAUCUCCAUAACGCUUAUUAUCCAGUUUGGCUUUAAAUUCAUGAAUUGUUUUUGCACGCACAGUCUCCUUGUCAAGUCCGUUCCUUGUUGUUAUGCUUCUGUAGGGAAAACUGUAUUUUCUGAUGUCUCUCCUACAGUCACUCUUUUUCAGUUUCUUACCAUUGCCUCUUGUUACACUUCUGUCAUGUACCACUUGCUCUUCCCUGUCCAAUUUCUCCAAUCCCUCUUGUAUCCUGUACAAUGCUAUUGGGUCCCCUCUCUCUCUUCUGCUCUCCAGUGUUGUUAGUCCCAAUUUCUCCAGUCUUUCUUCAUAAGUAUGUUCUCUCAGAGUUUCCUGUAAUUUAGUCGCUGCUUUUUGUGUUCUUUCCAACUUUCUAAUUUCUUUCUUUAAUCUAGGUGACCACACUAAUGCUGCAUAUUCCAGUCUUAGACGUAUCAUCAAUGUUAUUAGUUUCUUCACCAUUUCUUCAUCUAAAUGUGGGCUAUGGCGCCAGUAGACUAUCCAUCUGGGCCUGAUGGUUGGCCCCGAGCCUGUCAUGCAUGGCCCAGGCAACUGUUUAUUGGGGCACUAUUAUAAUUAGUUCAUGCUGCCCCCCGAAGCUCACUUUUUUUCCUCCUCUACUCCCUUGUUAUCUCAAAAUACGCACCUUGGAAAAAGGAAGAAAACAGGAAGAGAGAACGGGUCAUUUUAAAGCCACAGAUGAAGCCUUACAAUUGGCUGAGCUCUGAAAACACACUUGUGAUUCGCUAGGAGUCCGAUGACGUCAUCGCUGGCGCUCACCCGGUCAGCGGCCUCGCUGCCUUGGGGCAGUGUCACACUGGCCGUUUUCUUCUAACCGUUGUGGCUACUGGCAACUCCCGUGCGUCCAUCCGGGAGUGAGUUGUCGGUUGUCCGUAACCUGCUGGUGUCACACUGGGCCAUUUUUUUCCCACCGCGUUGGCGGCAGCUUGAGUAACCGGCAAAUCCAACUUUUCCGGGCCAAGGUCGGUUGCCCGUAUCCACAUCCACAACGUA